CAAUAUCUGAUGCUUGGAACAACUUUCAAUAUGGAAGAUUGUUCGAUAAGACUACUAUAAAGAUGAUAGUAAAUCCUCAAUUUUUGACGCAUCUUCUCAUACCACCAAAAGCAUCGAACUUAUUCCAAAAACUUCAGCUAUCUGUUUCUUAGUGAACUCUGCACUUCCACACCCUGACUGAAGGACUCGUUUCGAACAUGACUUUCUCUCCCGACACUCUGCCCGAUCUCAAAGGCAAAGUGUUCAUAAUAACAGGUGGAAAUUCCGGCAUAGGCUACUACACCGUAUCACACCUCGCAGAACACGGAGCCCACGUUUACAUGGGUGUCCGAUCCCUAGAGAAAGGCACAACAGCUAUUGCAAAUAUCAAGAAAGUGCACCCCUCAGCCAAUAUAGACCUCCUGCAAAUGGAUCUCAUGGACCUCGCCAGCAUCGUUGCAGCAGCCAAACACUUCCUCACUCACGAAACAGCCCUGCACGGCCUAGUCAACAACGCAGGCAUUAUGGCGACCCCCUUCGAAAUUACCAAAGAUGGCCAUGAAGCCCAAUGGCAGACAAAUUACCUCGCGCACUGGGUUUUGACCGAGCAUUUGCUCCCUUUAAUGCUACAUACCGCCAAGGCGCUUCCUCCCGGCAGCGUGCGCAUCGUGAACAUCUCUUCAUCGGGCCACCUGAGCGCACCGAAAAGCGGCAUCAAUUUCGAGGACCUCUCGCUCAAGGAGAGCGGUACGUGGGCAAGGUAUGGACAGAGCAAGCUCGCCAAUAUUCUACACACGAAGACUUUGCACAAGGAGUACGGCCCCGGCUCGAAAGGGGAGGGCGAGAUCUGGGUUUCGUCUGUGCAUCCCGGGCUGGUGGAGACGAACCUCGCUUCGUCGAUGGGGGAGUCGCAGUCAGGAAUUAUGAGUGUUCUCUCAGGUUUGCGUAUGUUGGGAUUGAUGUACCCUGCAGAGAAAGGUGCAUACACUAGUUUGUUCUGUGUAGCGAGUCGGGAUAUGAAGGCAGAGCAGAGCGGGGCGUAUCUCGAGAUUUUCAAGCGGUGUAUGGAGCCAAGAUGGUUGAGUGGGGAGGCGAAGGAUGAGAAGCUUGCGGAGAGAUUGGAGGAGUGGACUGGGGAAGUCAUGAGAAGAGAAGGGUGGGUUCGGUAACAGCGUCAACUGGUUUUGGUCUUUUUGUUAUGUUAAGUUCCAUUAAUGUUUAAAUAUUCAAAGAUAGUCACGACUUUCUAUCGU